CGUGGGUUUUGCAUUCCCUGUACGUCCGCUGUCGAAAGUUCGCCGUCACCGUUCUAUCCACGUAAACGCGUCGACCGAACACCCCGCGCAGAACGAACGCUAACUAGACAGAUACCUUGUCGCGUCGUGUCACACCAGUCCGACAAAAAUCCGAUUUGCGAGAUGGCGCCCAACGCCAACGAACCCGCCGUCAAGCCGGACGUGCUGUCCGACGAGUUCGGCUUCCAGCCCGAGGACAUCGUGGUCACCGGAUUCUCCGGCAGGAUGCCCGAGUGCGAUUCCAUCGACGAGCUCAGGACGAAACUGUACGCCGGCGAGGACAUGGUCAACGCGAACCCGACGAGAUGGCCCGACGGUCUGUAUGGCGCCAUUAUGAGAACCGGUAAAAUGAAAGACAUCACUCAGUUUGACGCAGAAUUUUUCGGUUACCCCCCCGUUUUGGCUGAACGUUCUGACCCACAGCAGAGAAUGUUGCUGGAAGUUGUUUUUGAAACAAUCAUCGAUGCUGGACUUCAUCCAAUGGCACUGAAGGGAACCCGUACUGGAGUCAUAGUGGCUUUGUCAUCAAGUGAAACUUGUGAUUGGUGGUCUAAAGACCCCGAGAAAGUCAAUGGGUACGAAUAUUUGGGUACUUCGAGAACAAUGAGCGCAAACCGCGUGUCAAACUUUUUCGAUUUGAAGGGUCCGAGUUAUUCCAUAGACACGGCAUCUUCUACCAGUCUGAUUGCUCUCCACCAAGGUUUUAAGCUUAUCCAAGACGGCGUUUGUGAAAACGCUAUCGUGUGCGGUGUCGACCUUGUAAUGAACCCAGUAGUAUCUCUCAUGUUCCAACAUUUGAAUAUGUUGUCACCAGGUGGAAAGUGCCGUUCGUUCGAUGCCGAAGGUGACGGAUACGUAAGAUCAGAAGGAGCUGUUGCCGUGCUGUUACAAAAAGCGAAAAAUGCCAAACGCAUUUACGCCAGUAUAUUGAACACUGGCAGCAACGCUGACGGUUACAAAGAUGAGGGCAUCACCUUUCCAUCGCGGGAGAUGCAAAUUUCUCUGUUCCGACAAGUUCAAAAUGAAGUCGGUGUAAAUGCUACUCAUAUGGCUUAUAUGGAAGCUCAUGGAUCUGCUACAAAAGUGGGUGAUCGUCAAGAAGUCGGUGCAAUUGUUGAUGUAUUUUGUGAUGGAAGAACAACUCCGCUUCCAAUUGGUGCACUUAAAUCUAACAUGGGACACGGAGAACCAGCUUCAGCAAUAUGUGCUGUAAUUAAGGUCCUUGUCGCUAUGGAAUGUAGACUCUUGCCUCCUAAUUUACAUUACAAUAUACCAAACCCAGAUAUUCCGGCCUUGGUGGAUGGAAGAUUACACGUCGUUGAAAACGUUGUGCCAUGGAAUGGUGGUAUAGUGGCGGUAAACUCUUUCGGAGUAGGAGGCGCUAACGGACAUUGUUUAAUGAAGUCAUACACAAAGCAAAAGAAGCAGAUAACAAAGCUCGAAGAAGAAUUGCCCAGAUUAGUCGCUGUGUCGGCCAGAAAUGAAAGCGCUAUCAAAUACAUGUUACAUAGAAUUGACCAAAUGCCCAGAGACAAAGAAUUUUACGCUUUAUUGUACGGAGUCCACAGCGAUCAAAUAGUGGGCCACAAGUACAGGGGGUAUAUAUUAUUCAAUGGAAUGUACGAUAAGACACAACAAUUUGCAGAAUUCGACGGCCAAAAGAAACCGGUUGUGUUUGUUUUACCGGGAGCGGAAACCAACUGGGCUGAUGUUGGAAACCAAUUGCAAAAAUUACACAUAUUCAACGAGUCUAUCGAAGAGAGUGCGAGUGUAUUACAAAAGAAAGGAUUUAAUCUAUACUCUGUAUUGAAAACUUCAGACGCCGUAACAUUACAGGAUCCUUCUCUAUCGGUUGUAGCUUCAACAGUCAUUCAAAUCGCUCUUUUGAACGUACUUGCACAUUUGAAAAUAUCACCAUCCUACAUCAUAGGAGAAUCAUUUGGCGAACUAGCUGCAGCUUACGCAGAAGGUGUUUUGAGUGCAGAAGAAGCCGUAUUAUCAGCCUAUGCUAUUGGAAACGCAUUAGCUGAAGCAAAAAUUAUUCCUUCUCAAAAUAAACCUGUAUUGUCUUCUCAAGACGUAUCAAAAGUAUCCAAACAUAUUCAGUCUGCUUUACAGUCCAUUAUUACCAAACCAAAGGCAUUCUCUGCCCGUUGGUUAAGUGCUUCGCAAUCUUUAGGAAGUCAAUCACUAUCCUUAUCAUAUUUUGUUGAUAGUCUAGCCACCCAAUUGACACUUAAGGAUUCCUUAGUGAAAUGUCCAGUCGAUGCAAUUUUCAUUCAAAUACUCGCUCAGUCACAAACUGAUAAUUACUUUUCAAAUAAUCUAAGUACUGAUGCCGUUCAUGUAAAUCUAAUUAAAGAUGCUAACGAUUCGUAUAAACAAUUAUUACUAAGCGUUGGAGACUUAUUCAACCUUGGCCUUCAGCCUCAAAUUGAACACCUUCAUCCUCCAGUGAAAUUCCCCGUGUCUGCACGUACUCCAAUGAUUCAAUCAUUAGUCCAAUGGGACCACACUAAAAAAUGGGACGUUGUUUGCUUCACUGGCCCUAUUGCUUCCAAAUCUGGUAAAGCUACGUUAAAAGUCGAUAUUAAUUCAAAUGAGUACAGCUUUUUAAAAUCUACUAAAAUCGAUGAUUUAAAUAUUUUACCUUAUGCUAGUUAUUUGGCUCUGGCGUGGAAGGGUUUCGCUAAUUUAUUACAACGAGAGCCACAAACACUUACGAUUGUCUUCGAUAAUGUAGAAUUUAUAAGAAAAACAAUUAUUCCAAAGGAAGGUGAACUUAAAUUUGUUUUAAGUGUGUUGGCAUCAGGAGAAUUUGAACUUAAAGAAUCUAAUGAGAUUGUAGCUUCAGGGCAAAUUAGAGCAUCAAAUACUGUAGAAAAAGAGUUAUUGAAUUUGUUCCCAUCUAAAACGAAAUCUGGCAAAUUUUUACCAUUGAAAUCGGCUGAUAUUUAUAAGGAACUACGUUUGAAAGGAUACGAUUACAAAGAGCCGUAUAGAGGCAUCAAAUUGAUUGAUAAUAUAGGAUAUAAUGCCCAGGUGUCUUUUGAUGGAAAUUGGUUUACGUUUUUGGAAAAUCUAUUCCAGAUCCCAUUGUUCCAAUUAGAUAACUAUAAUCUGUUCGUUCCCAAAUUUAUUAAAAAAGUAGUCAUUGAUCCUUCGAAGCACCAAAAGGAAGCCGAAAAGUCAUCGUUUGUUAUCCCGGCUGCUUAUUACAAGUAUGUUGAUGUCAUCAAGGCCGGUAGCGUUGAAGUACGAGGGUUAAAAUUAGAACAAGUUCCCAUUAGAAACCAAGGGCAAAAAGAUCCCAAUUUAGAGUUCUACACUUUCCAACCUUACGUUUCUGAGAAGCCAACGGCAUAUGCCUUAGACACAUGUGUUCAAUUAGCCUUAGAAAACAGCGGUGGCGCUUUCAAAUUGAAGAUUGCCGAGAUCGGAACAGGAAGAAAAUUGGAAUCACUAUACGCCAAAUCUGUUCUUGAUGUGAUGAAUACUGAACCUAUACCAAGUGCGGAAGUUACUGUAUUCACCAACACGCCAGCACAAAUAACAGAGCAACUUGAUGAACUUGGUGUUCGAGUUACAGAGAAAGAUGUGUUCAAACCUGAAGCAAUUGAUUCGAAUUGUCAUCUGGUGAUUGCUGUUGACCAAUUGAACAAUGCUAUUUUGGUUAAAAAUGCAAUCGACAGUGUAAAGGUUGGUGGUUGUUUGUUGUUUGUUGAAAGCAAAAAACCAACCGAAAAACAACUGAACUCGACUGGAUUAGAACUAGUUGCCAACUUACAAUCACAAGACAACAAAACAUUUGUUCUCCUCCGAAAGAAUGUGAACUUGUCCUCGCCAAUCGUGGUAAAUUGCACUGGCAAAGACUUUUCUUGGAUCGAAACGCUUAAAUCAGCACUCCAGCAGUCUGAACAGGAUAAUAAACAAGUGCUUUUAGUUAGCCAAGGUGUCGAGUAUUCAGGAAUUUUAGGUUUGGUGAACUGUGUCCGUUUAGAACAAAACGGAAACGCAUUAAGAUGUUUGUUGAUCGAAGACCCGAAAGCACCCACGUUUUCUCUGUCGUCUGAGUUUUACCAAAAGCAACUGAAAAAAGAUUUAGUGAUAAAUGUGUACCGCAAUGGUGUCUGGGGUAGCAACCGCCAUUUCCUGUUAGAUGAUCAGUCUUCUAAUGUAGCUGUACCAAAAGAAUAUGCGUACAUUGCUCCUAAGAAAGCCGGUGACUUGUCAACAUUAAGCUGGAUUGAAGGUCGUUUGCAGUACUAUAAACCCCAGGACUACUCGGGCCGUGAGCUUUGCACCGUGUACUACGCUCCAAUAAACCACAUGGACGUGCUGUUCGCUGAUGGCUCGUGGCUUCCGUUCUUCAACGCUGAUACUGCUGACCAAGGUGCCUAUUUGGGCAGAGAGUUCGCCGGCCGCAACGCUAAAGGUCAAAGAGUAUUUGGUUUGGUGUCAGGCAGCGCUCUUGCUACUCACGUGUUAGCUGAAAAUGCGACUUUAUGGGAAGUGCCCGACAAAUGGACUCUUGAACAAGCAUCUACGGUUUCCGUCGCUUACGUCCUAGCCUACUAUGGACUAUUUGUACGCGGAAAAAUUCAAGCCAAUGAAUCGGUACUCCUCAGCUCCGGAACAAAUUAUACAGUCUUAGCAGCUCUUAACAUUCUACAGAAUAGCAACGUAACAGUAUACGUUUCGGUAGAAAAUGACUCUCAAAGAAAAUAUAUACAACAGAACUAUCCUAAGAUUCCCAAGGAGAACAUUGUCAACAGUAAAUUCGCAGAGCAAGAAAUUCUAGAAAAGACCAAUGGCAAAGGUGUGAAUUUAAUAUUCAACACAAUGGAAUCUACACCUUUCAAAUUACAAACAUUCAUUCGCACGGUGGCAGAAAGCGGACGUGUUUUAGAAUUCGAAAAACAAAAACUAGCUAUUGAAUCCAUCGGUAUUACUGGAAAUCUAAGGAACAUCACCAUUGUCAAAAUGAACUUGAAAUCUUUGUUCCACGGUAAAUAUUCUCUCACCGAAAAACAAGAACUCCACGAACUUAUUGCUAAUGGAAUCAAGACCGGAGCCGUACAACCAUUGCCAACAACAGUUUACUCUAGUGAACAGAAUUUACAGGAAGCUUUUAAUGUGACUGUAAGUUUCAACUAUUACGGCAAAAUCGUACUCAAAGUUCGAGAUGAGGAAUCGAAAAAAGUUGUUGUCCCAGCACAGAAAAAAGUUUUGGCUGUACCAAAAACGUUUGUCGAUCCAGAGAAAACAUAUGCUGUGAUCGGUGGUUUGAACGAUUUUGGUUUACAAAUGGCCAACUUCUUGGUGACCAGAGGUGCAAGAAAGUUAGUUUUGGUUUCUAGCACAGGAGUCUCUUCCGGUUUCCAAUCACUCUUCAUAAGGAGAUGGAGUGAAAAGAACGUCCAGGUAGUCAUUGUCGACUACGAUUCAGCUAAGCCCGCAGAAGCUGAAAAAUUGCUGGUUGAAGCAAACAAAUUAGGCCCGGUUGCAGGAAUAUUCCAUUUAGAAGCUGUAUCACACACAACCACAGCUUCAGAGUUGUCUGCUUCUGAUUUCCAAACGAUAUUCAACCAGAAAGCUAAUUCUACCAUAAACCUUGACAUAGCUUCUAGAAAACUAUGUCCACAACUCGAACACUUCUUCAUCUGGUCGUCGAAUGCUUCCGGUCACGGUACCGCUUUUAACGCCAACUAUGGUUACACCGAUUCGGCUUUAACUAGAAUAUCCGAAGCUCGACAAGCUGCUGGAUACCCAUCGACUGUUGUCGAAUGGGGAGCCAUUGGAGAUGUAGGCCCAUUGUUGGACGUCUUCGAUGAUAACGAUGUAGUGGUCAGUGGUACAGUACCUCAAAGGAUUGCGUCAUGUUUGAACGUCGUUGACAAUUAUAUGAAUCAACCGCAUGCCGUUCUCUCGAGCGCGGUUAUCGUGGAGAAGCAAGCAACCAGUAUCGAAGCUGAAUCAGCUGGGCCCAUUGACGCUGUUGCUAAAGUCUUGGGUAUCAAAGAUCCCAAGAAUGUUUUGGGUACGUCCACACUGACCGAAUUGGGUAUGGACUCGCUGAUGGGUACCGAUAUCAAGCAAGCACUUGAACAAGACUUCAACAUUGAACUGAGCGCUAAAGAAAUCAGAGAAUUAACCUUCGAUAUUCUCAAAGAACUCAAAUCUAACUCUUAAUCUUGCUGCGACAACAAUUGUGAUGUUGAUUUUUAUAAAUCCACAUGAUCUACAAUAAUUUGCAGUCAUUUAUGCAUUAUACGAUAUUCAAUUAAUAAUAUUAAAUAGUUAUUUUAUUUUAUUGUAGCAUGCAGUUGAAUAUUAAUAAAUAACUUUAUU